AUGACGGCCUCGUCCGUUUGGGGCACAGCCGCUGCCGUGGGCCUCGCCAGUGGACUUGUGGGCUACUACAUCGGUUUGGGCUCGACACUCGGAUACACACGUGGAGGGACUAGCUCGGCAAAGGACGACGACGGCGACUCGGAAUAUGAGACGGAAUCUGAGGAGGGCGAUGCGGAUGAGCUGAAAGCCGUCAAGGCGCAGGGUGACGAGCCGUGCAAGCUCGUCCUCGUCGUACGAAGCGACCUCAACAUGACCAGGGGCAAGAUCGCUGCGCAGUGCGGUCACGCCACGCUCGCCUGCUACAAGACUCUGAUGCGAUCCAACCCCAAGCUCGUGCAGCAUUGGGAGCGAACAGGGCAAGCGAAGAUUGCGGUCAAGUGCGAGUCGGAGGAGGAGCUCGAGAUCCUGCAGGCGUCGGCCAAGUCGCUCGGUGUCUGCGCGCGGUCCAUUCAGGAUGCCGGACGAACGCAAGUCGACCCUGGCACGACUACUGUCCUCGGCAUCGGUCCAGCCCCCGUCCGCGUUGUCAACCAAGUCACCGGCCACCUCAAACUGCUGUAA